UAAAAUGUCAUUUCCACGCCCCUCGACCAGAUAAGCCCCUCUUUUCCCGGUUUCCAGAUAAUAAUACGUGCAGUGGCACUAGACUAGAUAUCUAUCUAUCUACUCUAAGUCGUCUAACGCACUCUGGGCAACCUGGCACGCGCCCACUAGCGGCAGAAAAAAAAGGGUCAUAAAGAGGGCCUGGACCCCUUUUUUUUUUUAACCCGAACUUUCCCUGGCCACCGCCAGUGCCAUAAAUAAAUGGAUGAAUGAAAUUGAGUGAAUGACUGGGUCUGUCUGGGUCUGGGUCGGACUCAGGGGUCUCGUCUCGUCUGUCAUACUACUCAUGGGGCGUCUUGGCCAGGGCCUGCGAUCCGCCCUUGCGGUGGUCGCUGUCGCUGGAGGUUUGUUGAAACUCGUCGCCGCACAGGACUGUUAUGCCAAUUCGACCAUUAAUGGGUACACGUUUGAUGUAGAUAACUUCUACUCCCAGGAUCAGUUGGAUGAUUUCGCCCAGAACUGCACCACGCUGUUUGGUGACGUCGGGUUCGGGUCCAAUUUCACAGGGUCGGCCGUGCUGCGCAAUCUGCAGAACAUCACCGGCCUCGUCACCGUCGGGUCCAAUUUGACCUCUAUCGAGUUCCCGGAUUUGCUGUCGCUCGGGGGCCUCGAUGCCUCCUCAUCCCUCUUGCGAGUGGUUUCCCUGCCCCUGCUGGAGAGGGUUAAUGAUAUCGACGUCGAGGAAGCGCAGUCCUUGAAUUUUUCUUCUCCGAACGUGCUCAAUGCCAGCUCUAUCAAACUCACGGGACAAAUAUCUGCUCUGGAUUUCAGUCAUCUGGACACCGUCUUCUCGGAACUGUAUAUCGAUGGCAGCUCCUUGAAGAAGUCUUUCAAUGUCAGCCUCCCCGCUUUGAGAAACGCCAGCGAUGUAGAGAUCUCUGGCAAUCUGUCGAGUCUGUCGCUCCCUCUGCUUGCCACGGCCGGAAGCAGCUCCCAACAAGCAGGUCUCACACUCUAUAACUCUGGAAAGCCCAUCAAUAUGAGUCUCCCGUCUCUCAGCAACGUUAACGGCACGCUUUCGUUGGAUGGAGGUAUUGCGGGAAUCUACCUCCCAUCCCUGCUCAACACAACAGCAGACCUCGUGGUCGACACCUCCAGCAGCCUCGCCGUGUAUCUACCCUCGCUCAUUGGAGCGAACAAAAUCAGCCUCGAGGGCGCAAUAUCCUCCGCAAACUUCUCCUCGCUCGAAUACUUCACCAGCUUCGACAUCCAAUCCAACAUCUACAUCGACUGCGCCACCUCCCUACCAUCGAACCGCACCCACCAGGGCGAAACCAGCUGCUCUGGCGCCGCCAAGCCGACGAAUAAUUCGGGCCGCGCGAUCAGCAUCGGCGUCGGUGUGGGCGUGGGAGUCGGCGGUGGCAUCGGGCUGAUCAUUAUCGUCAUCUGGGUUUACCGCAGGAAUCUCAAGCAUAAGAAGAGGGCGAGUGAGGCGGUCGCCAAUCUGGAUGUGUAUGGGUUGCAGGAGCAGACGCAUUCGGCUGCCGUGGCUGUGGAGAGGCCGAAUACGGAUCCGCCGCCUUAUUCGAGGUAUUAGUUGGUUACUAUGUAUAUUCUGAGACUUUAUUGGAUAAUGUUAGAUUUAUUUUUUG